AGGUGAUGAGAGCCCGGGGAACCAUGCAGAGCAGGAUGGCUGGCACCCGGCAGCCAACGUCGGUUCAAGGCCUGGGUUUUGUGCUGGGCAGACGACAUCAGAUAUUCAUUCUCUCCGUGCUUUGGUCUGAUGGCAGUGACAGUCUCAUCUACAGGACCUUAGAGGAGUUCCGCCAAUUCCAUAAAAGGCUGAAGAACACCUUUCCCUUGGAGGCAGGGUUGCUGAAGAGUUCAGAUCGUACCCUUCCCAAGUUUCAAGAUACCUCAGCACUUUUCCCCAGUGGAAGGACGCGAAGGGGCCUGGCCAAGUUACAGCUGCUGGAAGCCUAUUCUCAGAAACUUCUGGGAGCCUCAGAGACAGUCUCUCAAAGUGAGGUGGUCAUUGGCUUUUUCCAGCCCCAGCCUGGAGAUCUGGAGCCUGUCCUGCCCCAGAACAGCCUGGUGGUCAUGCCCUCCCCUUGGGAGCCUUGGGAGAGGCUGGAACAAAAUCCGAAGAAGCCCCUGGCCCCAGAACCAGACAUCCAGACCCUGGAGGCCCAGACUUACCAGUGCAUUGAUAGCUUCAGUACUCAGGACAUCAAGGGCAGAGCCUUUCAGGCGGAAGCCGGAGAACAGCUGGAUGUCUUGCUUAGAGAACCCACAGGCUGGUGGCUGGUGGAGAACGAGGACAAGCAGGUGGCUUGGUUUCCCGCACCCUACCUCCAGGAGUUGUCUCCAAGAAAGGGCUGCGAGGAGCCGGCCCAGCUACCCUUCGGGGGGCUGCCGUUCUGUACCUCGGAAGCGUAUGAGAGCAGCCGGGAGGACGAGCUGUGUGUGCCGGCGGGAGCCCGCGUGACGGUGCUGAAGGUGUCCGAGCGCGGCUGGUGGCAAUGCAGGUACCGCGGCCGCCUGGGGCUCCUACCAGCCGUGCUGCUGCGUCGCUGCCCGGGCCCCGCGAACGCUAGUGGGCUGGCGCUCCUGAACGCGGGCAGGACCAACCCGGAGCCAGAAUCCGACAGCGGAGCUGAAGCCGAGCCAGGCAGGAGUCAGCCCCGGGAGAGGCGCCUCCCUCCGCCCGUCACCCCAAAGUACAGCUCGGACUCGGGCUCCAGCAGCGACAAUGGGGAGGAGGCCAGUGUCUCUGUCCCCGUCGUGCCUGCCCGGCCCAGGCGAGGGGACAUCCUGCGCAGCUGCUGCUCCGUGACCCGCAGGGCCCUUCUGGGCCCGGAGACAUUGAGGUCUCGGGGCCAGACGUCCCCAGGUGCCCCGCCCUAACUCCCAGGAAAAUACUUUCCUUGCUGGGAUCCCAAGACCUGCCCUCUCUGGUGCCCUUCUGUCUUUGUAUUAGAGUGCCUCCUCCCUGCGGGACCAUUUUUUUUUUUUUAAUAUUUAUUAUUUUUUUGGUACGUGUAAAUAAAUCUUUCUAGUGGCUG